GUUGUUUACUCCUCGAUGAAAUGAAAAUAUCAGAAGCUUUAUCAUUUCAAAGGUCUAAUUUGAAAAUUGAGGGUUUUGUAAACUUAGGAGACUAUACUUCUGAAAAUGAUCGAAAUAAGUUAGGUGACCAUGCUUUAGUAUUGUUAUUUCAACCAUUUUGUGGGAAAUGGUUUCAAACUUUGGGAGCUUUUCUUGGAUCUGGAGCAGUUUCUGGAAAAAUAUUAGAAAAACUUAUUUUGGAAGCAGUGAUUUUAUUAGAAAAUCAAAAUAUACAUGUUGAUGUGGUGACAACUGAUGGAGCAGCUUGGAACAGAAAUAUGUGGAAAUUAUUUGGUAUUUCAGAUGAAAAAUCUAGUUGUACACAUCCAGUGAAUCCUGAAAGAAAGUUGUGGUUUGCGUCUGACUUUCCACAUUUAAUUAAGAAUUUAAAAUCCAGAAUAAUUAAUUCAAAAACUCUUCAGGUAAGCCUAAGAUUAAUUGCAUAGGACUAUUAUAAUAAUAAAAUUAUUAACUAAAAAAAAUAAUUUACCGACUGA